AUGUCGUCGAGGGAUCCGCUUGUUGUGGGAAGCAUCGUGGGCGACAUCGUCGACAACUUCGCAGCGUCGGCGCUGCUCCGAGUGAUGUACGGCGGGCGCGAGAUCACCUGUGGGUCGGAGCUCAGGCCGUCGCAGCUGGCCGGCGAGCCGACGGUGCACAUCACGGGAGGCCACUGCGACGGGACGCCGGCGUUCUACACGCUGGUGAUGCUGGACCCUGAUGCACCCAGCCCAAGCAACCCCUCCAAACGGGAGUAUCUCCAUUGGCUGGUGACUGACAUACCAGAAGGAGCUGGUGCCAAUCAUGGAAACGAGGUGGUGGAGUACGAGAGCCCCCGGCCAUCGGCGGGGAUCCACCGAUUCGUGUUCAUCGUGUUCCGGCAGGCGGUCCGACAAGCGAUCUACGCGCCCGGGUGGCGCGCCAACUUCAACACCAGGGACUUCGCCGCCUGCUACAGCCUCGGACCGCCCGUCGCCGCCACCUACUUCAACUGCCAGAGGGAGGGCAGCUGCGGUGGCCGGAGGUACAGGUGA